AUGGAGUAUCACAUCGAAUACGCCUCGAACGAGUCGGGCAAAUCGGAGAAGGAGGCCUUCGUGCAGAACUCGUUCAGCCAAACGAAUGGAAAGGGAAGGAAGGGCCUCCUCGUAGUUCUGUUCGUGUCGGCCAUAUGCCUCCUAGCAGGGUCCGCUUUCUACUUUACCCGCACGGGGAAGGAGAGUGAUGGCCCCCUGUACGGGAACGCACUUGACGAGAGCAGCAGCGAUGAUUUCAUUAUUACCACUUUGUUGAAGAGCCCCGGUGGGAAGAAAUUCAUCGUGUCGAAGCUGACCGAAUUGGUAGCAUCCUACGAUAAGGAUGGCAACUCGCAGGAGGAGAAGCACUCCGGAGAGUUAACCACCACUGAGGAGAGAAGCGAAAAGGGAGAGGAGCACUACAAGAAGCGCUUCGGAAAUUUGAAAAUUAGCAAAAAGAGCGAAAUUAACUUUGCGGAUGCCAAAUUUUUGAUGACCAAUUUGGAAUCUGUGAAUUCCUUCUACCUGUUUGUAAAAGAAUAUGGAAGGAAGUACAAAACGGAGGAGGAGAUGCAACAGAGGUACCUCGCGUUUGUGGAAAAUUUGGAAAAGAUAAAGGCACACAAUAGUAGGGAGAAUGUCCUGUACCGAAAGGGAAUGAAUCAAUUUGGAGAUCUCUCCUUUGGAGAGUUUAAGAAGAAAUAUUUGACGCUCAAAAGUUUUGAUUUUAAGACAUUUGGAGGCAAACUGAAGAGAAUUACAAACUACGAAGACGUAAUUGACAAGUACAAACCAAAGGAUGCUACCUUUGACCAUGCCAGCUAUGAUUGGAGACUACACAAGGGAGUCACCCCAGUGAAGGACCAAGCGAAUUGUGGAUCCUGUUGGGCUUUCAGCACUGUGGGAGUGGUCGAAUCGCAGUAUGCAAUUAGGAAAAAUCAGCUGGUCUCCAUAAGUGAGCAACAGAUGGUAGAUUGCUCCACGCAGAAUACAGGAUGCUAUGGAGGCUUCAUCCCACUUGCCUUUGAGGAUAUGAUCGAAAUGGGAGGACUGUGUUCAAGCGAAGAUUACCCCUACGUGGCCGACAUCCCAGAAAUGUGCAAAUUUGACAUUUGCGAGCAAAAGUACAAAAUAAAUAACUUUUUGGAAAUUCCUGAAGAUAAGUUUAAGGAGGCCAUUAGGUUUUUGGGACCCUUAAGUGUCAGCAUAGCUGUAAGUGAUGACUUUGCCUUUUACCGGGGAGGUAUAUUUGAUGGGGAGUGUGGUGAGGCGCCCAACCAUGCCGUCAUCCUUGUGGGUUUUGGAGCAGAAGAUGCCUACGAUUUUGAUACGAAAACGAUGAAGAAGCGCUACUACUACAUUGUGAAGAAUUCGUGGGGAGUCUCGUGGGGAGAGAAGGGGUUCAUUCGCUUGGAGACGGACAUCAAUGGGUACAGGAAGCCCUGCUCCCUCGGCACGGAGGCGCUCGUUGCGCUCGUGGAUUAGGGGCCAGCGCGGGAAGAAAGAAGGCUUGGGGGCAGGAGGUUGCCACGCGGGUUGGCUGCUACGCUGAUUGGCUAUACUAGGCUGACUGGCUACUACUGCAGUUGGCGUUUUUUCGCCACACCAAUUGCGCUUUUGAUAGACGGUAGCCCCACCUGCUCAUAGGCACUCCCCCAGGAAGCCACCCCACACUUGCAGCACAUCGCAGCUGAUUGGACUUCCCUGAGACAGAUUUUCCCCUCGUGAGGAAAGUCCACAAGUCCACCCUUGCGUGGGCGCCCUUUUUGGCGCGCGCGGAGCUCCAGCGCGUUUCCGCGAUUUGUCCCCCGUUUUGAGCCCUCCGCGGGUUUAUUCCGUCCUUCCUCGCUCGCUCUCUCUCUCACUCUCUAUCUCGCUUCCUAUCUCUCUCUUGUGCUUUCUCUUUUUUUUUUUUAUUCCGAUCACCCCGGCACACGUCAUUCACAAAGCGGCCAGUUAAUAAUUAGGCCGUCUUUAAACCGGCGUGUGCAAUUGAUAUGUAACGUUAUUGUACACCCCUCAGUGAAAGAGCAUCACAUGCUUGUAAGUUUUUUUUUUUUUUUUUCGUUUUUCCUUUGCCCCUAUUUUGUAAAAGGAAAAGCACCCUAACUGUACGAUUAUGGAAAUGUAAAAAAAAGCGUUUACGUUUACGCUAUCAAG